AGAGGCAAAUUUGGGGGAGUGCCCUGAAAGUGAUAUCACAGGAUGGAGUGGAGUUUUGGUGCAGUAUACCGGAAGUGACAUCAUUGGAAGAGGAUGGAGCUUAGGAGGUGCUAUCACCUGACCUUUGACCUAAUUAACCAUAAAUUGAAUCAGAUGUCUGUCUUGCUUUCUGAAAUGCAUCUGUGGUCUUUGAAGAGCACCUUACAUAUUAAAGACCAAGAUAUUGGGAUCUUUCAUUAUUAUGACAAGAAAGAACCAGAAUUACAAACAAACUUGGGCUACCUGCAUGAGAAGCAACAGUUAGCACAAUCUCGAGAUUAUCCUUGGGUACUUAAGAAUAAACGUCCAGAAAAGUUGCACGACACGCUGAAGGAGCUCGAGGAACUGAUGCAAAACAAUCAGUGUGUGCUGAGCAAAUGGAAGAACAAAUACGUCUGUCAGCUCCUCUUUCAUUCAGGUGUACUGGUGUCCCUAAGCCUUUCUGGGCCUCAGCUGGAGCGAGUGGUGAUUGACAGAACUCUGGUGGGGAAGCUCAUCUCUGAUACCAUCAGUGACGCUGUUCUUACAGACAGUUUCAUGAUCUUGUCAUUUUGGGAGCAAACCAAGCUCUGUCUCAUUCAUUUCACAAAGAAGGCUAGUUCUCCUGAUGUAAACAAAAGGCUUGAAAAAAUCUCAUCCUUGGAUUUUAAGAUAUCUUAUCUUGACAUACCAGGACCUGGAAACAGAAGAGUGAAGCAUCAUCUAGCGAUAAAUAGUAUACAGGAUAUGGUCAUUUGUUGGUGGUCUAUGGCAGACAAUGAAGCCUGGCCUUGGUCUCCUGUUUGUAGUGGACGAGAAAGAGCCAACUUGCUGCUUAUGAAAUGUGAACAUGGCAACUUGCAGAUUCUGGGUUAUGUUCGAACAGAUGGAGACCCACUUGAUGCAAGUUUCAGCUUUAGUCAGCCUUAUCAGGUUCAUACAGUUGAACAUUCGGUCAGUGCAGACCAAGAUCCCGCGGCUGACAGUUGUGUCUAUGAAUAUAUAAGGAAUAAAGUUCAGUGUGUGGCCGUCACCAAAAUACCACUAAGAUCAAAGGCUAUCAGCUGUUGCAGGAACAAGACGGGAGACAAACUUGUCCUGGGAUGUGAAGAUUCUUCGGUUGUUCUGUAUGAAUCCUACCGCCAAGUAACUCUCCUUGCAGAGUCAGAAGUAUUGCCUUCCUUAAUGUGCUGCCAUCCCAGUGGAGCCAUAGUCCUUGUGGGCAGUUCACAAGGGGAGCUGCAGCUGUUCGACAUGGCACUGUCCCCAAUGAAAAUGCAACUUUUAGCAGAAGACUUCUCACCUAAAGCAACUUUGCAGUUCAGUGAACACUUUGAUAUAUCCAGCAGCCUUAUCCAGAUUCAAUGGGCUGCACCUCAAGUUCCAUCUCAAAGCAUGGAUGGGAUGGAUGUACAUGAUCUUCUGUUACUUAGAUUUGACAAAGGACCCCUUGGAGGGCUUCGUUUCAAAACUGGUGUUUUCCCAAGAGGCCAUCUUGGCCUUGUUGAAAUCAUCCAGGAGUAUAUUCAUCAAGAUGAGAUGUAUGAAGCAAUUAACACCCUGAGUGGCAUGAACUGGAACACAAUGGGCUAUCAGUGCUAUGUGAGCCUCAGUGCCAUAGUAAACCACCUUCUCAGACAAAAGCUGACGCCCGAGAGAGAAGCACAGCUUGAGGCAAGCCUUGGCACCUUCUACGCGCCAUCAAGACCUCUCUCUGAGACAACCGUGUUGGAAUACAGGGAUCCGAUCAGCAGAUACGCAAGAAGGUUCUUUCACCAUCUGCUGAGGUAUCAAAGAUUUGAAAAGGCAUUUCUGCUUGCUGUUGAUCUAGGCGCCCGUGAUUUAUUUAUGGACAUCCAUUACUUCGCACUAGAUAAGGGUGAAUUGGCACUAGCUGAAGUGGCAAAGAAAAAAGCUAACGACAUUGACACGGAAUCAAUAACUACCGGAGUUGAAAUUCCAGGACGUGUAGACAGAGAGGAUGCCUUAAGUGAAACUUUCGUGGACCUGACUGUACUACCCCGAGAGGAGCAGAAAUUUCAAGGCAAACUCCCACCCCCCAAUACAAAUUCUCGCUGCUUCACGUAUGUGACACAGAACACCUCUGCCAGCGAGAUGGACAGCAAAGAAAGUGAAUUCCUAAUGAACAAUUACACAACACAACUACACAAACCCAAGUCUUGGUGUCCAGCAGAAACUUCUGAGGAAGCUUAUGCUGGACAGGAAGUCAAAGGAAACAGCUCUGUGAAGGUGGUGCACUUUGGUCUAGUCUAAGCCAAGAAUCCGAUGCCUUGAAUCCUGAAAGAACAUUCAGACUUUAUCCAACCCCUGUUCAGUUAAAGGGGAGUCUUUCCGCCUCAUUAGGUUCAAUAAAUUAUAAUAUGCAGAAAAUGUCACGUUCUUUCAGUUCCAUUAAUUCCUAUGGGAGAGAGUUAGAAUACCCUUUGUUUUCUCCUAUAGAAAUCAACAGAACUUUUCCAUGGUUUCACAUGUGAUUUUUAAACCUCAUCAGUUCAAUUCCAAGAUCCAUUUAGACUUCCUACUAAGGGAGGAAACCCCAAAAGGAAGGCUCUUGAUCAGGGUUUGUCACUGUGCAUUAGCAAACCUCUUCCCCAUUGCAUACUGGUUUAUGGACACCACGCCAAAGAGAGUGGAUGCAGACGCUGGCUGCUCCCAGGAACAACAGCUGACAUUUUGUCAUGAGUGGCUGCACAGGACGAGUUUUCUUCCUCUCAUUCUGUAUAGAUGGUACUUCUGUGUUUAUGCCAUUUCUGAUGUUUACUAGUUUUU